AUGAUCAAACGUACGUGCCUGACGUUGCCAAAUAGCAUACGUGUGUUUAGAAUAGAAGCACGAACAAUUACACAAUAUAACAAAAGAUUGUUGUUUAAGGAUAAUUUUCCGACAUCAACGACACGAUUUUCAUUUAGUGCAGCUGUGCAAAAGGAAGGAGCUAAUGAAGCAUCAAGUUUCUCCUUAAAACAUGAAAAUGCAAGACUAACAAGUGCUGAAUUUCUUACGAAAGUGAAGAAGUCGAUUGGUGUCUCAGAGACUGAAGAAGAGUUUGUGAUACCUCGACCUGCAUUUGAUGCUCUCGCCACUGAAUAUGAUGUAUUGUUAGAAGAAGUAGCUAGUUUCAAGGAUAAAUACACUCGAGCAUUAGCUGAAGUUGAAAAUGUGCGUCGUCGUGGACAUAAGCAAACGGAAGAAGCGAAAGUAUUUGCUAUUCAAGGUUUCUGCAAAGACUUACUUGAGGUAGCAGAUAUUCUUGAUCUCGCAGUGGGCGCAGUGAAGAAGGAAGAAUUGGAUAAGAAUAUUUCUUUAAAAAAUUUAUUCGAGGGACUAGAGAUGACAAGAACAGUAUUGCAAAAAUCAUUCGUUAAGCAUGGACUGAAACAAAUUUCUCCAGAGGGUGAAAAAUUCGACCCAGCGUUGCAUGAAGCUGUUUUUCAAAUACCGAAAGAUAAAGCAAAAUUCGAGUCUGGAUACAUAGCACAAGUAAUAAAAAUAGGUUACGCUUUGCAGAAUCGACCUAUUCGUGCAGCAAAAGUCGGUGUUGUACAGUGA